AUGACAGCAGUGAGACCGUUCGAUGUGUUCGACUUGUUCCGAUUUAAUAACACGAAUUUGGAUCCGUUCACUGAAACAUAUGGUUUUAAUUUCUAUUUGCAAUAUCUUAUCAACCAUGGCGAGUACUUUCAAGUAUACGAGCAUCCCAACGGCGAAAUUAUGGGAUACGGUGAGUUUCCAUCGCCUCAUGCAGCUCUGAAGAUGCCCGAAAACGGUCGUUGCUGCAACGAGGUCACAAGUUAG